AUGGACGUCAAGGACAGUAGCGAAGAAGAGGAUGAAGAAACACGAGAUAUCUCCCCCUUCAGUAAAUUUGACGAAAGCAUCGAAGUUCGUAAUGCAGAAGAAAUUAAAAGUCCAGUUAAUUAUCCAAGGCCACCGAGUUCGAGAAGAGGUCGAAGAAAUUUUACAAACGACGUCCCUGAUAUUUUGGAGGUUAACUCACCCCGAGAAAGGCGCGAAUUUCGAAGGUACCCUGAUCAGGAGAGAUUUAGUAAAUCAUUAGUGAUCGGUAGCGAUCCAUCAGACAGCGAAGAAACAGACGAUGAUGAUAUCCAAGGAUCAAGUAUUUCCAAACAAAUGGAAAUGUACGAUCCAAAGGAAUUCGAAGAUCUCAACGUAUCAACCGAGUUGAAGGAACUCUUUCAGAAUAUUUCUAGGUACACUCCACAAAAGAUAGAAUUGAAUUAUAAGUUGGUGCCAUUUAUUCCCGACUAUAUACCAGCGGUCGGUGAUAUAGAUGCCUUCAUAAAAAUCCCUAGACCAGACGGUGUUGAAGAUAAAAUAGGUCUUGCUGUAUUAGACGAACCAUGUACGGAACAAUCCGACCCAGCUGUAUUACAUUUACAAUUAAGAACCCAUUGCAAAAGUGCUAGUGCACCUAGGCAAGCAGUGAUAAAAAGAGUCGAAGAUGCGGAAAAAAAUGUUAAGGCUAUAGAGAAAUGGAUCGAGGAUAUGAAUCAACUUCAUCGAAGUAAACAUCCGCCUGCUGUACAGUUGACUAAAGCAAUGCCUGAUAUCGACACGUUGAUGCAACAAUGGCCGCCGGAUGUUGAAGAUCAAUUGAACGAGGCGCCACUCGAUUUUACCACACUCGAUUGCGAAUUAUCGCGUCUCGUUGAUAUUGUCUGCCAUCUACUCGACAUUCCUUCACAUGAUGGUUACAGACUGGAAAGUCUUCAUACUCUUUUCACCCUUUAUUGCGAAAUACGAAAUGCAACGUCACAAAAAAUUUGAAAUCUAAAAAAGUCGAACAAAGCCUGACUUUUAUUUUUUUAAUAUUUUUCUAUUAAAACGUGUAACUUUUAAGUUACGCUCAUAUGUGAUUAUAUAUUUAAAAAAAAUCUAUACAUAUAUAUAAUUUUAUCACAAAAUUAAUUAUUAUUUAUAUUUUGUGUG